ACACCCUCACACAAAAAUGUGAACUCUUCUUUGGCUGAUGACCAACCUUUCCACAAAAUCUUGUGCAAAUCCGUGAAUCCAUUCGGGAGUAAUGCGCCUUUUUGUGAUAGGCCAUGCCCAUCGCCACACACCCUCACACGAAUAUCUGACCUCUUCUUUGGCUCAUGACCAACCUUUCCACAAAAUCUUGUGCAAAUCUGUGUAUCUAUUCGGGAGUUAUGCACCUUUUUGUGAUAGGCCACGGCCAUCGCCACGGCCCCUCUUGGUCAAUCGGCCUUGAAAGUUACUCAGCUCUACCUUCGGUCAUGACCAACGUCCAUGCCAAAUUUCAGCCUCCUGGGGCAAAAACUGUGGCCGCUACGGGGUGGGACAGUUUUUGUGGACGGACCGACCGACCGACCAACCGACAGACAGAGCUAUAGAGCCGCGGUCGCAGCUAAAAAUGUACAGUUAGUCCUGAUCAGACGCAAAGCGAAUGCCUGAGUUAAUUCAGCCAUUUUUCUCUGUUAAAUUUUAAAAUAUGCUUGACUUGAAAAAGGGGAAGUGAGUCAGAUCUGCAACAGUACAUUCUGCUUUAUAUUUAGUGUGAAGCACUUUCUUCGGGGUCACAUUCAGCCACACUGCUCUGUCUGCAAGGCUGUUUAAUACUAAUGGCUCAUUAGCAAACCACUGAGGCCACAUCAGAACUCUCUCCUGUCGGAUCCAGCCAUGCUCUCCAAAACCUUGUUGGUAACCCUCACCCUCCUGUCUGUGUCAGGUGUUCUGAGCCAGAGCGGAUGGAGAGUGACUUACACUCCUGAGGGAAUCUGUGCCUUAAAGGGGUCUUCAGUAGACAUGCGCUGCACUUACUCACAUCCCCCAUAUCACAAAGUGCAGAGUACAUUCUGGUUUAUUUAUGCCUGGCGCAGGGUAUGGGACCCUCAAGACCUGUCCAAGGACUCAGAGUACUCUGACCGUGUGGAGUACCUGGGGAAUAAGAACAGUGACUGCACUUUUAGAAUAAACCAGCUGAGAAAAACUGAUUCAAAAACAUACCGAUUCAGGGUCCUGACUGACCGUGGUAAAUAUACUGGAGAACCUGGUGUCACAUUGACAAUCACUGAUCUACAGGUGAUGGUGUAUCCUGACACAGUCACAGAGGGACAGAGUGUGAGACUGACCUGUAGCACCACCUGCACUCUGACUGGCAGCCCAGCCUUCAUCUGGUACAGGGAUGGAUCUCCUCUGUCCUUCACUGGUCAGAGUCACCUGUUCAGAGCCAGCAGUGAAGACCGAAGCCGCUACUCCUGUGCUGUAAAAGGCUAUGAGCUUCAUUCCCCUGCAGUGACUCUAAAUGUGAGAUAUUCUCCCAAGAGCACCUCAGUAUCAGUGAGUCCCUCUGGUGAAAUUGUGGUGGGCAGUUCAGUGACUCUGACCUGCAGCAGUGAUGCCAACCCAGCAGUGCAGAAUUACAGCUGGUAUAAAAAGAAUGCAAGAUCUUCUUUCUCAUGGAUUAAAUAUGGAUCGAGGUACACCAUUGAAAAAAUCCAAUUCGGGGAUGCUGGAGAAUUCUACUGUGAGGCACAGAAUGUGAUUGGAACAGACAGAUCUCCUCAUGUAAAUCUCAAAGUGAUGUGUUUGAAGGUUGAAAUAUAUCCUGACUCAGCGAGAGAGGGAGAGAUGGUGACACUAACCUGUAAAAACACCUGCACUCGCGCAAGCACCUUUCAGUUCUACAGGAAUGGACAACGUCUAUCUAACAUUGUCCGCAACCAGUUUACAGCCAGGAGUGACAAUGCGGGCAACUACUCCUGUCGUGCACUGUACAAUAAUUUUUUCUAUUCCAAUACAGUCAUUCUCAGAGUGAAAUAUCCUCCUAAGAGCAUCUCAGUAUCAGUAUCUGAUGAAAUAGUGGAGGGCAGUUCAGUGACUCUGACCUGCAGCAGCGAUGCCAACCCACCAGUGCAGAGAUACACCUGGUUUAAGAAUAAUAGAGCUGUAUCCUCAGAGACAGGAGGACCAGAGGACAGAUACACCAUUAAAGGCAUCACACUGCAGGAUGCAGGAGACUACUACUGUGAGGCAGAGAAUGGGAUUGGGACCAACAGAUCUCCUCCUAAACAUCUUGAUGUGCAAUAUUCUCCCAGGAACACCUCAAUGUCAGUGAGCUCCCCUGGUGAAAUAGUGGAGGGCAGUUCAGUGACUCUGACCUGCAGCAGUGAUGCCAGCCCACCAGUGCAGAGAUACACCUGGUUUAAGAAUAAUAGAACUGUAUCCCCAUGGAGACGAUCCAGUUACACCUUUACAAGCAUCACACUGCAGGAUGCAGGAGAAUACUACUGUGUGGCAGAGAAUGACAUUGGGACAAACAGGUCUCCUCCUAAACGUGUUAAUGUGCAGUAUGCUCCUAAGAACACCUCAGUAUCAGUGAGCCCCUCUGGUGAAAUAAUGGCGGGCAGUUCAGUGACUCUGACCUGCAGCAGUGAUGCCAACCCACCAGUGCAGAGAUACACCUGGUUUAAGAAUAAUAUUGCUUUAGCUUCAUGGACAGGAUCAGGACUGAAUCACACCAUCAGUAACAUUGUCUCUGAGGACAGUGGACAGUACUACUGUGAGACACGGAACCAACAUGGAACUCAAAAUUCUUCUGCUGCUGUGACCAUAGAUGUCCAGUAUCUUCCCAAGAACACCUCAGUGUCAGUGAGCCCCUCUGGUGAAAUAGUAGAGGGCAGGUCAAUGAAUCUUACCUGCAGCAGUGAUGCCAACCCACCAGUGCAGAACUACACCUGGUUUAAAAAGAAUGACACUGGAGUCUGGCAGGCAGGAUCUGGACAGAGUUUGAACUUUUCUAACUUUAGAUCCUGGAACAGAGGACAGUACUACUGUGAGGCACAGAACAGACUUGGAGCUCAGAAUGCUUCUGCUCUAUUCGUCACAGUGCAAGGAGGUCGGUCACUGAUCGCGGCUGCAGCUGUGGGAGUGGCUGCCAUUUUGGCUCUUGUGUUUCUGGGUGUUGUGUGCCUGAGGAGGAGAAAAUCAACAAAUGAGACUGGGCACACAGAAGGGGACAGGGAGGGGAAUAAAAGCCCCAUUUAUGGCAACGUCUCAGGGAUGGCAAUGAGUCACACUGGAACACAGGGUACGGACAGAGACGACAGUGAAGUUCCCCUCUACUCCUCUGUUCAGCCCGCUAACAUCUGCAACCAGGAGCAGGUUCUGUACUCCACUGUCCAGAAUCCGCUCACCGAGUAUGAGGAGGGUGUUCAGUACGCCAGCAUCCAGUUCCGCCCCUCCAGUGCUGCCCCCAGAUCAAAAGUGCAAGGAGCAGAGGAUUCAUGCGUUAUAUACAGCACAGUUUCCAAUUGUAAUACCUGAACAAAAUUUUCUUUGCUGUCUUGCUGUGGUCUGCAGUGCCGCAGCUGAAGUUCCUGCUGUAAAAAUCUACCUACCAAGGAUAAGACAAGAGACUUAACUCACGCAUUUAUUUUUUUAAUAAACUAUAACAAACUAAGUAGUGUUACAUAUUCUCUGCAGUCAUGAAUUUUAAAGGUGGUUACCUUGCUACUGUAUAUGCCCGACUCUUCAGUUCCAGCUCUCACCUGAUGUUUUUGAACCUCUUUUGGUCUCUUUGUACCGUUGCUUAGGACUGCACUGGAUACUUGAUUGUGUGCGCAGGACAGUUGAUUUCUGGUUGCACUGGUAUUGGUUCUGGGAGUUUUCAACAUGAUCUUAAGCUGUCCUUGAUACCGUAACAUGCACAGUAAAAAAUAUUUUCAUGGAAAUUUACAGUAGAAUUGAGUGAAUGUGGAGUGCAUAUUUAUAUUAUAUAGUAAUUAAAUAUAUUUUUUGUAUAGUUUUUAUUUAUUUGUUUAUUGUUGUAGCUAAUGUUUUUGGUAGCUGGUUGGUUGGCUGGUUACUUUCUGGUCAGCUAUUUUAAUGACCUAGCUUGCUGCCACCUGUUAGUUAACAUAUUUUAAUUUAUCUGAAAAUGCUUACUGUGUGCAGUAGUAUGAUCACUUUUUUUCUCAUUUAUUGCUUGUAUUCACAGUAGAACAAAAAAAUAUAUAAAUAAAAAAUAA